AUGGCCACAAAAGCCAUGGGCUCUAAGAAGUACCUCCAGCUGUUCUUUUUUCAAGUUGUUCUUCUAGGGCCUAUCUACUGUUGGAAUGUGUUGGUCUGGCCAGUGGAAGGCAGCCACUGGCUGAACAUGAAGAUAGUUAUCCAGGAGCUCAUCCACCAUGGGCACAGCGUCACUGUCCUGGUAUCCAAUGCUUCCCUCUUCAUUGAACCCAGGGCUGAGGCCACAGAGAGGUUUGAGAUCUAUAAGGUGCCCUUCAGGAAAGACACAAUUGAGAACUUGAUCGAGGGUUCCGUGGCACUGUGGCUGAAUAACAGGCCGACCAUCUUGACCUUCUGGCAGUUUUACAAGAAGCUGGAAAAAGUAACCAAAGGCUGGAACCAAAUGAGCAGGCUAAUGUGCGAGGCAGUGCUGACUGACCCAGAGCUGAUAGCCCAUCUGCAGGGGUCUGGCUAUGACCUGCUUCUGUCAGACCCAGUGGCCCCCUGCGGGGACCUUCUGGCUCUCAAGCUGGCCAUCCCCUUUGUCUUCUCACUGCGCUUCUCCCCGGCCUCCACCGUGGAGAGGCACUGCGGCAAGAUCCCAGCCCCGCCGUCCUACGUGCCCGCAGCCCUCUCUGAGCUCACCGACCACAUGGCCUUCAGUGAGAGAAUAAAAAACAUUGUGUCUUACUACCUGCAAGACUACAUUUUCCAUACCUACUGGGGAGAAUGGGACGUCUACUACAGCAAGGUCUUAGGGAGGCCCACAACCCUGUGUGAGACAAUGGGAAAAGCAGAGAUAUGGUUAAUCAGAACAUACUGGGAUUUUGAAUUUCCGCGUCCUUUCCUGCCCAACUUUGAGUUUGUUGGAGGACUUCACUGUCGGCCUGCAAAGCCAUUACCAAAGGAAAUGGAAGAAUUUGUCCAGAGCUCAGGGGAACACGGCAUCGUGGUAUUCUCUCUGGGGUCGAUGGUCUACAACCUAAGUGAUGAAAGAAGUAAUACGAUUGCCAGAGCCCUCAGCCAGAUUCCACAAAAGGUCCUCUGGCGGUACAAAGGAAAGAAACCAGAAACUCUGGGCUCCAACACCAGGAUUUAUGACUGGAUACCCCAAAAUGACCUGCUUGGCCAUCCCUUAGCAAAGGCCUUUAUUACUCACGGUGGGACCAAUGGGAUCUAUGAAGCCAUCUACCAUGGGAUCCCGAUGGUCGGGAUUCCCCUGUUUGCUGACCAGCAUGACAACAUUGCACACAUGAGGGCAAAGGGAGCUGCAGUUGAGCUGGAUUUUGGCACAAUGAAGGUGCAGGAUAUAGUUGACGCUCUGAAUGUUGUCAUUAACAAUUCCAGCUAUAAGGAAAAUGUUCUAAGGUUAUCCAAGAUACACCAUGACCAGCCAGUUAAGCCUCUGGACAGAGCUGUCUUCUGGAUUGAAUUUGUCAUGCGCCACAAAGGAGCAAAGCACUUGAGACCAGCUGCUCACCAGCUCACCUGGUAUCAGUACCACAGCUUGGAUGUUCUGGCAUUCUUGUUCACCUGUACAGCCAUUGCUUUCUUCAUUCUUGUCAAGUGCUGCGUAUUUUGCUGUAGGAGAUGUGGCAGGAUUGCAAAGAAGAAGAAAGAGUAG